AUGGCUGCCUCCGUGCACUCUGUCACGGCUGGCCUUUUCGUCGCUAUUCUGCUGGGCUUGACUUCUCUGGGUGGGCAGGACUCACGGCCGUCGGGGUGGGCCUCGGCCCAGGCCCCCACCGCCAACACCAACCAGACGAAGGCGCCCUCUACCUCCCCGGAGGCUGCGCUCGCGACACCCACGCCGGACAUGGAGGACCCAACAGUUCCGUCCAUUGGAAGCCGCUGCUGGGGUUACUACGACGUCAUGGGCCAGUGGGACCCGCCCUUCAACUGCAACGCGGGCAUCUACAUGUUCUGCUGCGGUUCAUGUUUUUACCGCUUCUGCUGCCAGUUCAGAGUUCACAGCCUGGACCAGACAUCCUGUUCCAACUAUGACACGCCUGUCUGGGCCAACACCGGCAAACCGGCUGCACCGGUCACAGAGGUCCAGGAGGAGCCGGACCGGGACAGAACCCACAUGAUCGUGUAUAUUAUCUGUGGAGUGGUGGCCAUCAUGGUGCUGGUCGGGAUUUUCACCAAACUGGGGUUGGAAAAGAGCCAAGGAGGACAGACUGAUAUGACCAACUCCAGGACACUGACAGAACUGUUGAAGCAGCCAGGGGAAGCAGGAGGGGUGGAUGGGACUGGGGGUCACCACUCUAUAGGGACCAAUGGCAUCUCAGCUAGGGUGCUACGCUCCAACAACGAUCAUAACCAUUUGAACAACGCAGCCCUGUCUCCCCUUGGUCCGGCUAUGGCCUUGUCUCACCCUCACAACAACCUGGGCAUUGGCUUCAACAAGUACACCUCACUCAAGGCUGUGGACACGGCUGCAAGGGACUACUACAAGAGCUACCCGAUGGUCGACUACACCCACCGCCAGUCUCCGCCCACCUUUCAGCCAAUCGCGUUCCACCCCAAGGACAAGCCCUUUCUCCCGCCGCCGGACAUCCACGCGCCGCUGGCCAUCACCAUCAACGCCUCGCAGAUCCCCAAGCCCAAGAUCUCCAAGACCAACACCCACCCGCUCACCUCCAGCUCGGCCUUCAAAGCCUGGGACCCCAGCAAGAGCCACGGCCCACACCAAGGCUCCCACAUGGGGCUCCAGGGGCCGCCGCAUCACCCCAUCCAGCUGCCGCCGCAGCACCCGCCACAACAUCAGCACCCACUUCUGCACCAGCAGAACAGCCGACGCCACGCCUACUCCAACAAGAGGCAGUUCAGCAUCGAGACGCUCCCCGAGCUUUUCUCCCAACCGCUGGGCUACAGCCACUCGCCGCAUGUGCACCCCAAGCACAAAGGACUGACCACCAACAGUAAGACGGAGGUUACCGUCUGA